AUGUUUCUCGAAGGGAAUGUGUUGCCUAAGUCGACUUAUUAUGCCAACAAGUUUAUGUGUCCUUUUGGAUUAGCAUAUGAGAAAAUAGAUGCUUGUCCAAAUGAUUGUAUUUUGUAUCGAAAAGAGUUUGCUGAUUUAGAUAAAUGUCCUCGGUGUGGUAAGUCUCGUUACAAGCUCCCAGAUGGAGUUAUGCCCGGGGAAGGCAAGAAAGGUCCCUCUGCUAAACUGCUUUGUUACCUCCCAAUAAUACCAAGGUUUAGACGACUGUUUUCAAUAAAGAAGGAGGCAAAGAAUUUGAGGUGGCAUGCAGAUAAAAGGAAGAAAGAUUGGUUGCUUAGACAUCCGGUAGAUUCUCCUCAAUGGAAAGAUAUUAAUGAAGAAUUUCCAGAAUUCGGCAAAGAAGAUAGGAAUCUUAGGCUUGCGCUUUCUACAGACGGAAUGAACCCAUUUGGUAGUCUAAGCAGUCAACACAACACAUGGCCUGUUUUGUUAGUAAUUUAUAAUUUGCCUCCUUGGUUGUGCAUGAAGUCAAAGAAUAUUAUGUCAUCCCUACUUAUACAAGGGCCGAAACAACCAGGAAACGAUAUUGAUGUAUACCUUGCUCCGCUCAUUGAUGAUUUGAAAAAAAUGUGGGAUGAAGGGUAUAAGGUAAAGGGAAAAAAGCCAUGCCCAGUUUGUGAAGAUGAUAUGGAAUCAACCUGGUUGCCAAAUUCUAGAAAACAUGUAUUUCGUAGACCAUCAUCUGGAAGAGAGGUUUACAACCGUGUUAAAGGCAUAGAGAUAGUUUUUGGAAAGUCUGGGGAAAAUAAAGAAGAUGGAAUUUGGAAGAAGGAGUCUGCCUUUUGGAAACUGGAAUAUUGGAAGCAUCUAUCAGUUAGACAUUGUCUCGAUGUAAUGCACAUAGAAAAAAAUGUGUGUGAGGCCAUUUUGUGUACUUUGUUGAACAUGGAUAAGAAAUAUAAGGAUGGCAUUAAGGUGCGGAGAGACAUGCAACACUUCAAGAUUCGACCUUAUUUGUGGCCAAAGCUUAAGAAAAAGGCCAGAAAGGGGAAAGUUCCUAAGGGUUACUCAUCGAACAUAAGAAAGCUUGUGUGUAUGACCGAAUUGAAAUUACAUGCGAUGAAGUCCCAUGAUUGUCAUGUCAUGAUGCAAGUAUUCUUGCCCAUUGCAAUUCGUGGGAUUUUGCCUAAGCAUGUAAGAAAUGCCAUCACGAGACUUUGUUCGUUUUUCAAUACAAUAUGCAAUAAGGUACUUGAUCCGGAGGAAUUAGACAAACUACAAGCUAAUGUAGUUGUAACACUGUGCCAGUUUGAGAUGUAUUUUCCGCCUUCGUUUUUCGACAUAAUGGCUCAUUUAGUUAUCCAUCUUGUUCGAGAAAUCAAUCUUUAUGGUCCAGUGUUCAUAAGAUGGGCUUAUCCUUUUGAAAGGCAUAUGGGGUGCAUGCAGAGAAAGGUGAGGAAUCCCGCACGACCUGAAGCUAGUAUGAUUCAAGGAACUGUGUCGGCGGAGAAUGGUGCGUUUAUUGCUGAAUAUAUGUCUAGAGCUGAACCAAUCGGACUUCCUAAAUCCCGACAUGAGGGUAGACUUGAAGGCAAAGGCACAAUUGGUGCUAAAGAGAUCAGUGUUCCAUUAGAGAAACAGAUGCAAGCCAACUUAUUUGUGCUACACCAACUCACAGAGGUUAGUCCGUACUUGGAAAAGCAUAUGCAGGAGUUAAGAGCUCGAAAUCCGACUAAAGCAGAACGUUCUUUGGUGUUGGAACAUAAUCACACUUUUACUGAUUGGUUUCGUGAUAAAGUCAUUGAUGAGUUAGAUGUUAAAGGCCACAGAAUCUCCAAUGCGAUAAAAUCUCUAGCAUAUGGUCCACAAGAUACUUUGCACUCAUAUGAAGGAUAUGACAUCAAUGGAUAUACCUUCCAUACUCUACGUCAAGACAAAAAGUCAAGGUCUAUGCAAAAUAGUGGUGUUACAAUGGUUGCAUCUUCUAGAGAUUAUGCAAGUGCUAAAGAUAAGAAUCAUGUUGAUGCAACACAUCCGUAUUAUGGGGUCAUUCAGGAAAUAUGGGAGCUUGAUUAUAUUGGGAAAAUAAAGAUACCGCUUUUUCAAUGCAAAUGGGCAGAGAAUAGUUGA